GUGCCAUUUUCCUCUUUUUGUUGAAACAUGGUUGUGUGUCGAUUUUUUCAAGAAGGACGCUGUAAAUUCGGAUCCGAUUGUCGCUUUGAACACAUCAAUCCAGGCGCGCCCGGCCAAUGGAAGUCCAACUCAACGCCCGUAACCGACAAGUACAAUGAAGCUUCAAUCCGAACCAAUCUAAAGGACGAACGGCCCUUGUGGCAAUUAAGUGUAUAUGGUCCCGCCAAGGAAGAGCCCAACCUCAUCGUAGGCACCGAUCGCAGUCCUGAAGAGGAUCGCCUGCUAUACUACCUAAGCAUGCGAACUACAGGCAAUAUUAAUCAAUACAUGGCUGAUCAAGAACAAGCAAUAAGAACGAUGGAUUCACAAGUCAACGCUAUUUUAAACAACCCGAAAGCCGCUCUGCAACAUUAUGAUCAGCAAAAAACCAAACAUACGAGUGGAUUUGGAGGACAAGCGAGUAAUCAGCCGUUUGAACCGUUCACCGGAGCCCCGCAAGCAUUUGGAGGUUCUUCAGCGUUUGGCAGUGGUGCAUUUGGUCAAAAGCCAGCUACAGCUUUCGGCGGCUCCGCAUUUGGAUCGGCAGGAAAUAAUGCUUUUGGUGCUUCAGCAUUUGGUGGAGGUACCGCGUCCGCGUUUGGCGGUAGUCAGCCCGUUUCCGCCUUUGGUGCAACGACAGGAGCACCAGCUUUUGGAUCCACGUCAAGCUUGGGCGCGUCUGCUUUUGGUAAACCGUCGGCUCUAGGUGGAGGGCCUGCUUUUGGUCAAGCCUCCGCGUUUGGUGCCGCCAGCAAUUCCGCACCAGCGUUUGGCGCCACUUCAGCGUUGGGUCAAUCUGCUGCGCCUGCAUUUGGAAGCACAUCCGCUUUAGGGUCAACCUCCACACCGGCAUUUGGUGCGACCUCCGGUCUCGGAGCCGCAGCAGCACCAGCAUUUGGAGCCACAUCCACACUGGGGUCUGGCUCGGCUUUUGGACAAACUUCGUCCUUGGGCGGCAACAACGCAUUCAAUAAAUCCGCCCCAUCGGCAUUCGGUCAACCAUCCGCCUUGGGUCAAGCAUCGCCUUUUAACCAAUCUACCAACACAGCACCCGGUUUCGGUUCGUCGUUGUCAUCAUCAACCAACUCGACUUUGGCCGCACCGGGAUUUGGAUCGGCCAACGUCAACCCUACUGGGUUCGGAUCAUUCGCAACAACAAAUAACCCGUCAUCUCUGUCGUCAGCAAAUAUGGAUGACCCUGAUUAUAAGGCAUUCGCAUCCGAUCACUUUGAUUUCCGAGGCAUACCCGAGGUGGAGCCACCUGCCGAAUUAUGCUAAAUUGAGGCUUUUUUUUUAUUGUUUGGAGGAGGGAUUUUUCCGUGAAAGGAAAGAAGGCUGGGUUUUGGUGAAAGUCUUGGAACUGGUCAUCACUUUGUAAGUGCCGCGGCUUUUCCACAAUCUUCCAACACAAACUGUACUGUACAUACAUAAAUAAAUAAAGGUUGCUUUGACUGAAGAUGGAGAU